CAGUGCAUUUUUUUGUUCUUCUAUGGCAACACCCCGCGCUUCCCUGAAACCUCCCUGAAAAAAUGUAAAUCAAAAUCAAACAGUAAAAAUUCUCCAAAUCUAGUGACACCUCAUAUGUAGAGUGAUACAAACAAUUUUAUCCGUUUUGAACUCUACUAUUUCUAUCAUUUUUGUACCUAUCAUCAUCCACCAGAUCAUCAUUCAUCACGCUUCCAGAAAAGGUUGCGAAAUUCCAAUCAUUUGUAUAUAAAGGCAAAGCUUUUCUAUAUAUAAAUAUAUAUGUUAUCAGAGUUUAGUUAUGGGAUUAUCUUUUAUAGGAUAGCGGAUGUUGGUUUUUUUGUCCCCUCAACCAAAAUUCCGGUUUUUUCAUUGUUAUUGGUGAUUUUGGAUCAUCCCGGUUUUUUUAUUGUUAUUGUUGAUUUUGGAUCCUAGUAUUGUAAAAACUUAGAGGCAGGCUUGCUUCUUCUUCUUCUUUGGUUUUUUGAGGGCUUUGGAAAUGUCGCAGAAGCGGCAGCAGGAGGGUACUUCCAUGGAUGACAGCCGUCCUCGAAAAAGCCCUUCUUUUAAAAGUGUGGUAUUGGAGGUAAUGAACUUGCAGAGAUUGCAACGUCUUAUGGAACCAGUUCUGGAGCCCUUGAUUCGCAGAGUUGUGAAAGAGGAAGUUGACUCAGCGUUAAAGAAGCACCUGGUCAGCAUGAACAGGAAUUGUGGGAAAGAUUUACACCCUUCUGAAUCAAGGAGUUUGCAGUUAUGUUUCUCAAAUGCUAUAUCCCAUCCAGUAUUUACUGGAAGCCGUAUUGAAGGAGAAGAAGGUAGCAAUCUGAAAGUAGCUUUAGUUGAUGAUCUUACAGGGAAAGUUGUUUCCAGUGGUCCAGAAUGCUCUGCGAAGGUAGAAAUCAUAGUUCUUGAGGGAGAUUUUGAUGGUGAUGAUGGAGACAAUAGGAAGCUUGAAGAAUUUAAGAAUAAUGUUGUAAGAGAGCGGGAAGGCAGGAGACCCCUUUUAAGUGGGGAUACAAUUUUGACUCUUCGAGAUGGCAAGGGUUCAGUGGGUGAUAUUUUGUUUACAGAUAACUCAAGCUGGACAAGAAGUCGUAAAUUCAGACUGGGGGCCAGAGUUGUGGACGACUUUGACGGAAUCAGAAUAAGAGAAGCAAAAUCAGAGUCCUUUGUUGUCAAGGAUCACCGUGGAGAAUGUGAGUUCUUAUGUUAUUUUUUUCCACCAUGUUUAGGGAUUAGUGAUACUGUAUGCAUAACGUUAAUCGUAGUCAGAUCGCCUAUACAUAUUCUUGGUACAGGUAUGUCUGCUAAAAUGUGGGAAGUUACAGCAGAACAUGCUCGAACAUGUGUUCUUGAUGAGAAAUUGUAUUUAUACAAUGCUUCUGGAUCUCAGCAGAAGGAUGGUGUUGUUUUCAACGUGGUAGGACAAGUGCUGGGGCAGUUCUUGGGCUGCCAGUAUAUUGCCGCUGAUAAGCUGUCUGAAGCAGAAAAGGCCGAUGCACGUAGCCUGGUAAUAUCUGCAUAUAGAGAUUGGGAUAAAGUUAUCACUUUUGAUGAUGAGCCCUCUCUCAUGGAUGCCCUAACGUGUUCUUCCACUUUUCUGUCUUCUUCGAACCUACUGCCAGAGAGUUCUUGUAAGAUUGACAGACGUGCUUAUUCACAACAGAACCCCUCUUCACCGGAUAUUACACAAUCAGUUUAUUCAAUUGGAGGCUUGAGUUGCUUGGACGAUUACUUUCAUGGGGUUGACCAACCUUUGGGUUUUCCUUGUGAAGUUUCAAACACCUUAACAUUCGAUGCAGAUUCCACGACUCGAGCAUCCUCUGCAAAUGAGCAUUUGACAUGUUGUUUACUUCAGAAUUCAAUAAAAGAAUCAUCAAAUGAUUUACCGAGUGAUACAAGUUGUUUUGUGCCAAGUUCAGCUCUUCCUGUCAAAGCUCAGAGGAGAUGGACUCUAUUAUCCAGUGUGUUGAAAUGGUUCAUAAUAUUCAGAGUUGUGGUGAAAAAAACUGGUAUUCGAAAAAAACCAUUAUAUCGUUAAUGGAGAUAUUUGAAAGUUGAACGCCUAACGUUGCAAAAGCAACAAUGCUACCUGUUUGAAUCACAGCCAGACUCGAUAUCAUUUGCUAUUAUCGAGUAAGGAUCGAUGAAGUCUUGUAGCAGUCAGAUAUGCGUGUUUUCUGUGGGAAAUCAGUGGACAUAUCCAUCAAUGGUGCUAUAUGAAGCUGUAAAUUUUAUUUUCAUCAAGUUGUCCAGUGUUGAUGUUGGACCAUGUUUUAUACAAAAUGAGUACUUUUUAGUGUGAGGAGUAACAAUGGAAAAGUCUCAACCGUUGAUGGCCAAUUAAAAGUGGAGAUCGGGCUCGAAGUAGAUAAAUUAUUAUCAGAUGUUUUCAAUCUCUUUUCUGUGUUGUACUUUUGUCUUCAAAUUUUUUGAAAGGAGCAUUGUUGUCUUCAAUUCAACAAAGAUGAAAGGUUGGUAACAAAA